AUGGAGGCCUUAGUCCUCGAUGUCGCGGGUUCAACUCCUGGCCCCAGCGACAUUUGCCGCAUGUCAAUCCCUCUUUACUUUUGCUGCCCGUCGCAGAUCAAGAGGAGAAGCAGAGCAUCACUCUGGAGUGGACCUUCACCACCAAGACUCAGGGAACCUGGAAAUCUGUUCAUCUACUGCAGCUUGGUGAGACCUGAUGAAGAACUAGUUCUCUAUCGGGUCCAUAAUGGAGUUGAGAUUCCAGAGUCUCAGGAUGAUCAGUUUUCAGGACGAGUCCAGAGCAACAAAGACGUCCUCAGAGAAGGACGAAUCAGACUCCAUGUGUCCAGACUGAGGACUGAAGACUCUGGUCUGUAUCAGUGUGGAGUGAGAACUGAAGAUGGAUUCAACUCUGCAGAAUGUCGACUCAAAGUCUUUGUUCCAGUGAAGGUUGUUGGUCAUGAUCCGAUACAUGCAAAGGUUGGAGACGACGUUAUUCUGCCAUGUCAUCUGGAGCCUCCAUAUGAUGUGUACAAACUUAUAAUCGAAUGGAGAUUCAAGAGUCAAAUAAUCCAUGUACAUCACAGUCGAGUUAAUGACGAUGAAACUCCAAACGACAGCCGAACCUUCAUGUUCCCUGAUGAGUUUGAAAAAGGCAACAUUUCCCUCAAAUUGACCAAAGUAACCAAGGAGGAUGAAGGGAAUUAUACUUGCUUUGUUCCCAAACUGCAAAGUCAAGUCAAGAAGGGAAACGUUACUCUAAUACUUGAUGAAAAUGGAUCCCAAAGCAACUGGACUGAUACUAGAGGAACUAAUCCUGGAGAUACUGGUGUUGGUGGAAUUAUUGGUGCUUUUGUUGGUGGUGGUGUUCUAGGAACACUCAUCACAUACUGUGUUCUACGUUGCAGCACAGAUGAACAAGUUUUUCCAUGCUGGAGCAAAAACUCUCAACAUGAACAACUGAGAAAUGAUGAAGAUUGCAGAGAAAAUGUCGACCCAGGAAAUGAAGCUGAAGUAGAAAUACCUUUACAGGAUCUGGGACAAAACUAAAGAGUCUGAAUCUUCCACCUGAUCUAAAGUCUCUUCAAACAUUUGGUAUGAAAACUGUUACAAGAAUAGAAAUGUGGAUAAUAAUAUAAGAAACUGAAUGCAUUAAACCCAGAAGGAAGUUAUUCAUAUUAAUAAUCUUUAUUUGAGAUUUAAUAAAUGAAACAAGAAUCCUGUAAGUUAAAGAACAUCUCAAGUCCAAAGAUGUUUCUGUAGUUUAGUUUCUUACUCAGGUUUUUAUAAAUUAUUUGUCUUGAAAAGUUUUUUUAAUUCAUGCAAAAGUUGACAGACUUGAUCUCCAGCUUGUUCCUUCAAAAGGUUUUAAUUUAAUUUCUGUCAGUGAAUCUUAUUUUUUAUUUUAUUUUUUUCUGUAUUUUAUUAUAAUUUUAGUCUCUUGCUGUCCAGGUUUUUAAUUCAUUCGUUCAUCUUUUCUUCCAUCUCCAGUAGUUCUGUAUAUUUAUUAUUCCCUCCUUAAAACUGAAACAUUCACAUAGGAACAAAUAACCUGAAUAUUUCUAUGUACAUCAUCAUACAGUGAAUGUAAAAAAUAACAUUUUGAUGCUUUAUUUCUUUAUAAGCAUAUUAUGUAAGAUUGUUAUUAAAAUAUAUUCUUAGGGUCAUUUAUUAACAUAAAAUAGGAAAAGAAAAUUAGAAAUUGACCAAUUACUUUAUAAAUAGGAUCAUAGAAACAACAGAUAUUAUUCUAACUUUAAGUCAGUUUAGUGACUUUUCAUUACAGACACUAAGCUUGAGGAAGGUAGAGAAGUUUUGUUGAUGAAUAUGAAUUAUGAUCUGGUAAGAAUAAAGACUGUGUUUAUAAUUAGCCACAUGGUGGCGCUGAGUCAGCAUGGGGGACAUAAAGAAAUGUCUCUUCCACCAACACUGAACCCAGUGGAGGCUUGGAGCUUCUUCAGCCUGGUGAAUCAAUGAAUCACUUGUUCAUUUGAGUCAGGAAAACGGAAGCAGGGAGAAAAUGCAGGACAAGGAGUUUUAAAGUCCCAGGCUGAGAAAACCUGAUUUAUGAUGAAGUGAAUCAGAGUCACUGAACUUUAUCUAACUCUGGGCCAAAGUUCUGUUCAUAUUGAGAAAAGUCCAUUUGCACUGACAUUUAUAUUAUCAAACCAAUGAGACUUUUUAUAAUUCAUUGAACUGAGUCUUAAUAUGGCUGAUUAAUGUAGGAAUAAAUGGCUGCUGCAAAGUUAUAGACUGAAUAAAACUGAGCUCUUUAUUCUUUAUACUAAACACUAAAUAUCUUAUUUUAAGAAACAUGUUUUAUUCAUUUGUUGACUUUUGUAAAUAAUAUAUAUCAUAUCUAACAGAAUCUGAUAUUAUUUACAUUUUGUCUGGUGAACUUUUACUGUGUGA